AUGGCAAGCUCUCUCCAGGAGGAAGAUGAAGGGGGCCUUUUCACCAGCAAGUCGACGAUGAUGGCCAACUUCGAACAAUGGAUCAAAAUGGCUACAGAUAACAAGAUCAACUCUAGAAACAGUUGGAAUUUUGCCCUCAUAGACUACUUCCACGAUCUGAAUGUUUUGAAAGAUUCCGAGGAUAAUAUUAAUUUUCAGAAAGCAUCUGCCACGCUGGAUGGCUGUGUGAAGAUCUACUCUUCGAGAGUAGACUCUGUAGCCAAUGAAACAGGAAUCUUACUGAGCGGAUUAGCACAAAGGAAGAACCAAAGUGGGGCUCUAGAUGCCAGUCAUGGGUCCAGUGGGAACUUGGAAGAAGAAAACCCAGAGGCGGAAGGAGCAGUCACGAUUGACCCCUCAACCGGGCUGCCAAUUUCCAAUGAAGUGGAACCAGCAGGCCCAAAACGUAAUUAUAAUAGAGUGCUGGAAACGACACUUGUAGACUUUGAAACACUGCGAAUGCGGGAGUUAGAUCAAGAGCUAACCAUCGACCCGCUAUUCAAAAAGGCGCUGGCCGAUUUCGAUGAAGGUGGUGCUAAAAGUCUGCUCAUUAACACGCUACACAUAGAUAGCUCUGGUCGAAUGGUGUUUGAUGCCACAACCAGUAAAGACCACGAAAGCGACUUGGGAGCGUCGUCACAACAAAAGUCCGCACAAACGCUCGAAGCGUCGACAGAACAAGCGGAUCAAGACAUCUCUAUGCAUGAAUCGAAUGAUCUUUCUCUCUCACAAGAAAAGACUCCGGAACCUCACAAUACUCCGCCGACCAAUGCUGAUGUGUCAAUGGCAAACCAGAGCUUUGACGUGGAAGACGAGAUCUUGGCGCUUGGCAUGGACUUCAUAGACUUCAAGCUUAUAAACGAGGCUGAAGUAUGCCCGUCAAUGCAGAGGCUGAAGGAUGUGGUCACCGAUGUGCAUAAAGCCAAGUCGUUUAUCGACAACGUGAACAACAGAGCUGACAACUUUUUGACAGAGCAAGAUUUACAAGAAGCUAUGCCCGAUAUGGAAGGUGGAGAUCACGAUUUCGACCUCCCUCCCGAUGGCGACUUUGACGUGGGUGGUCGACUCUACGAUGGUGAUGGUAAUGACGACGGUGAUGAUGACGAUGCGGAUGGCGGUGGAGUCGGAGAUGGUAUGGAUGAUCUAUCGACUGCUACUAACAAGGAAAAUCUAAUUGAAGAUGCUGUGACUAGCGUUAUGGAUCGCGACGUUAUGGCAUAUUUCGACGAAACCCUGAAAAAAAGUUGGCGCGGACGUGAGCAUUGGAAGAUCAGAAAUUUUAAGAAUAGAUUGGGAGCGAAUACAGGAGAUGAAGCAGGAAAAAAGGACACUGACACCACUGAACAAGAGAAAGAGGCUGUCAAGGCCAAAAAAGCGGCCAAAAACAAGUUGACCAUCGACUUUUUCAACUUUGACCACACGGUCGAGGAGAGAAUUUUUGAGAAAAAGAAAGCCAGUAUUGAGAUGUCACAAAAAUCCCGUACGACUCCUGGCCACUAUCUAUUACCGAAUGACUAUCAUUUCUCGACUCAGAAGAUUACGCGACUGUUUUUGAAGCCCUCUCAACAAAUGAGCUUUUUUUCGCAUCGCAAACCACCUUCAAGUCACCAAAGCGUUAGCGGGACGCUCCAGAUUGAUGACACAGACCUUAAUGGGAACAGCGGGAUUGCAGAAAUAGCAGAUCAAAACUUCUGGGCGAAAAACUAUCAGCUACAAGAUCGAGACGAGAAAGCCGACGAGGAUAAUGAACGGGCCCUAGGUGGCGCGGUUGAUGAUAAUCUGCCGAACCCGUUUGACGACAAUGACGACGGCGGUAUCGACUUCAAUCAGGCUUUCGGGGAUAACAGUUUGGGAGAUGCAGACGGUGGUUCCCUGGACCCACCCGCUAGUGGUUCGGCAGGCUUGACCCAACCCUUGGGGAGACCAGAUGGGAAAGUCAAUUAUUCUCGCGUGUCGAAAAAAGUGGAUAUUAAGAAACUGAAGGACAACAUAUGGACGUCUAUUACCGGAGCCUUGGAAGCAUCCAAAGAUGUGGAGCAACACAAGGAUAUGCCAGAGCCUCAACAUGAUCAAGAACAGACCGAAGACCCCGCCGCUAUGCAAAUUUCUACGAACAGUUCGGCUGAUCCAGAAAAUGAGGAUCCCGAAGACGAAUCUUUAUUCACCAGUCUGAAAUUUUCGGACAUCACUGAACGUAUCAGUGCGAUGUACAGUGGAGACAGAAGGAAGGACCUGUCCACCAGUUUCUGCUUUAUUUGCCUAUUGCAUUUGGCCAAUGAGCACGGAUUUGCUGUAGACGCUACAGAAAAAUUCGAUGACCUGGCGAUCAGAAUCAAAAAUAGUUUGGCGUCAGCGACAUCUUCAUGA